AAGUAUUAUCAUCAUCCAAUCAUCAACAAAUUUCAAAUUUUUUUUAUCAUCAUCUUAUCGGUCAUUGUCAUUGUCACGAUAUCUUUGUUGGCCAGAAAAUUUACAGUAGUUUUUUUUUGUCAAGUCAUAAGUUUUUUUUAAAUUGAUUGAUUAAUUCGAUUCGAUUACAAUAAUCAUCAUCAUCAUUAAUCAUCGCACACACAUUUACAAUUCACUCACACAAUAUCGUCAUACUGUGUGAAUUGUAAAUCAUCUCACUCAUUCGAAUCUGAGUCAGAAUUUGAAUCAAUAUUUUAUCGAAAAUUACUCGUUUUUAAUUCGUGAUAAUGACCAGUCAUUAAUAAGAGGGGGUCAUUUUUUAUGUGUUUAUCUAUAAAACACACGUCGUGUUCAAAAAAAAAGUUAAAUUUUUUAUUUUUUAAUUUGAUUGAUCCGUCCUUGAUCAUCCGGUAAAUGGUCUGUAACAUCAUUAUGAAACUUCACGAUGAAGAAUCAAGUCACCAUUACCACCAACAACAACAAUUUGAAUCAUCGAAUAAUCUUCGAUUAAGAAUAUCGGUUUCAUCACAUCAAGGUAGCCGUAAAUAUAUGGAAGAUGAAUUUGUUAUAAUUCAUUAUGAACCACCAACAUUAACAACAACAAUCAAGAAUGGUAAUGAUCAUCAAGAAUCAAAUGUAUUUCAUAAAUCAUUUGCAUUUCUUGGUAUAUUCGAUGGUCAUGGUGGCGAUCAGGCUGCACGUUAUUCACGACAAAAUUUAUGUCAUAAUAUUGUACGACAGCGAAAAUUCUGGUCCGAUGAUGAUGAUCAAGUUUGUCUAGCUAUCCAUAAAGGUUUUGUUCGAACACAAAAAGAAAUGAUGCGUGAAGUUGAAAAAUGGCCACGAACAACAUCGGGUCUUCCAUCAACAUCUGGUACAACAGCAUCAGUAUUAUUCAUUAUGAAUGGAAAAUAUUAUACAGGUCAUGUUGGUGAUUCACGUAUUGUUCUAGGACGUAAAUUGAAAAAUUCUACACGUUGGCAAGCAUGUCCAAUGACACGUGAUCAUAAACCAGAAUCACCACGUGAAUUAAAACGUAUUGAAGCUGCCGGUGGACAAGUUAUGAAUAAAUCCGGAAUAGGUCGUGUUGUUUGGAAUCGUCCAAGACGUAUAAUUCGUUCUGAUGAUUCAACCAUUCAAAUUGUAUAUGAUUUGAUACCAUUUUUAUCAGUAGCAAGAUCGUUAGGUGAUCUUUGGUCAUUGAAUCGACGAUUAAAUCGAUUUAUCGUAUCACCUGAACCAGAUGUAAAAUGUAUCCCAAUGGAUAUGAUGACUGAUAAAUGUUUAAUUUUAGCAUCUGAUGGCCUAUGGAAUAUGAUUAAUCAUAAACGUGCGAUAAAAGUUGUACAAGAUUUUGAAGAAAUUAAUGUUACCGCAUUUGAUCGUCAAGAAACUAAUGUCGAUGGCCAUGACGAUGACGAUUAUGUUCAUCAUCUUAUUGACAGUAUUAUGGAUCAUCAUAACAAACGAAUCAUUCAUGAUCCAGGUAGAUCACAUUCAUUAGAAUUAUUUGCUGCAUGUAUUGAUCGUUGGAUGACAGCACGUACAGAUAAUACAACAGUAUUGGUUGUUAUGUUUGAUAAUAAUAAUAUUACUAAUCAACAACAACAGGGUAAUCAUCAUAAUAAACAAAUCUUUGAUCAAUAUGAAUUUGAUUUAAAUUCCGCAUCAUCAUUACAAUCAUCAAUGAUUGGUGAUACAAUUCAUUCAUUUGAUUGUUUUGAUAGUCAACAAACGGAUGAAAAAUAUCUUGGAAUAAAACCAGAAGAUGAAGAAGAAAUUGAAUCAAUUGUUGAUCAAUUAUUGAAUCGAUUAACAAUGUUCAACACCACAACAAACACCAAUAAUGAUAAUUUACCGUCCAAAAAUCAUCAUUAUUCUGAGCUUAUUGAUUUGGAACAAAUGUCUUCAAUACAAGUAACUACAAUUACAUCUGAUACUGAUAAUGAUGAUAAAAAUAAUCCAAUCGUGUCAUUAACAAUGAAUCCAAUUAUAAACGCACAAUCAAAGAAUCAUCUACAACAAUUAAUGAAUUCACCACAAAGAUUGGCAACAAAUGUUUAUUUUCGUAUCAAUUUUAAUUAUUCAUUUCAAAUUAAUGAUUUUCAUCGACAUCAUUCAUUGAACAAUAAAUUGAUAGUACAAAGCCAAACAACAACAGCAAACAAUGAAGUAAUGGCUAAUAAUAACAUAUCGAAACACAUGAUCUCAUCACCAAUAUCAUCAAAUAUCAUUACAUCAUCGUCAUCACCUGCGUCACCAUUAUUGAAUGAUAUGAUGGUUGUGUCUAAAAUUAAUUUAAUCAAUUCAAUUGAAAAUUUAUCUACAUCGAUUAAUCGUAAUGGUCAAAAUAGUUGCUCGUCUAAUCAAUUUAAUGAUAAUAAUAAUGUUGAAUCGAAAACAACAACAGCAAAUUCAUUUAAAAGAAAAACAUCUUCCAUAUCUUCACCAUCGUCAGAUAAUAUGAAGAAUAAUUUGUUGUUCGAUUCUUCCAUAAAUAAUGAUCAUAAUCAUUGCAGUGAUAAUUUAGUUUCAAUAGAUCUCAGUAUCGAAAUUGAUGAUGUUAAUGAACAAGAAGAUAAACUGACCACUAAACGACGACGUGUACAAAAUAAUAUUUCAAAUUUAGAAAAUAUUAAAUUACCAUCUACAAAUGUUGUUAAUGAAAAUAGAAUCCAAGAGGAAGAAGAAGAGAAAAAGAAAUUUAUUCUUCUUACAUCUCAUUGUCAUCAAGUUAAUCAAAUUGAAGAAGAAGAAGAAGGAAAAUAUGAAGAUUUAUUUAUUGAUCAUCAUCAUCAUCGAACAUCAUCAUCAGGUCAUUUAAUUCAUCAUCUAAAUCAUCAUCAACCACUGAUAGCAUCCACUAAUGAAUAAUCGAUAAUAACAAUUGAAUUUUAUAAUCGGGUAAUUGGAAGAGGGUGAUAACCGAAAUUUUAUCCCACCAUAAUUGAUUUGUUUUUGUUGAAAAACAAAAUGAUUUUCAUCCUUUUUUCCUUCUUUUUAGGAAUGUAUCUCUCUUUUUCAAAUUUAUAAUAAUUCUCAAUAUGUUCAUUGCAUUACUACACCAUUAAAUACAAUUGUCUACUUACGUAAUCUUUAAUUAUCUACUUAAUAAUAAAUUAA